AUGAAAUUUGUAUUAUUAGUGUUAUUUUUUGCUCAUUUAAAAUCCAGUAAAGACAUUUAUGAGAAUUUAUUGGAAGUCAUUAAACAAAAGAUUAAGACUGAAAGCUAUUCUUUGAUAGAUUUAAAAGAAGAAUACUACUCUUUUGAAGUCUAUAUUGAAUAUGAUAAAAUUGUUUGCUGCGAAUACAUGGGAGAUGUAUCUGGACCCAAGGAUAUUUCUUACAAAUCUAAAAGGAUUAAGUAUAAUACGGCAGAUGAAGCAAUUCAAAAAAUUUGUGAUUAUUAUCUUUCAAGCAAUUUAAAUAAAUUACUGAAAUUUCCGGCCGUUUGUAAGCUAGUUUUUCUUAAAUCUAAACAUGAUAUUAAGUUAAAUCUUAAGAAUUUUUUUUAUAAUAGAAUUGAACCAGAUUUUAUUGCUAGACUUUAUGAUAGUAGCAAGUUAAAACAAAUAAGGAAGCUUUGUUUAUGUUUUUCUCGAAGCAAAAUGAUAUUUCUUCCUCUUUGCUUUCAACUUGGAAAAGAUAAAAUGGGUGGCAACAUUCAAUUCUUUGAAGAAGAAAAUAAGAUGAAAUUUUUUUUUCCUGUAAAAUUAAGAAAUUUAAUGUUUUUGUUUAAAAUUGACGCUAAAGAUUUAUACACUGUAGAAGAACAAUAUACAAGUGAAAUAAUAAAGUUACAUAAAAAUAACAAUGAUAAUAAUAUUUGUACAGAGAUAUGCACUUUAAUGUGUAAAAUUUUUACAUUUUCUGAUUUUCUGUUAAAUUCUAAAUUAUUAAAUGAUGUAAAUAACGAUGAGAAAAAACUACCCAGGCAAUUUUUGUUAUAUAAUUUUGAGAAGAUUUUUUUUAAUGUUUUAAUUAUAAAAAAGGCUAUAUUUUUCAAAACUUUAAGUACAACAUUUUAUUAUUCUUGUAAUAAUCACUUAGAGAUUGAGGGAAAUUGUCAGUGCAUUUCUGAAGAAACAUACCAAGAUUGCAUUGAGAUUUGGAAAUUAUAUAUGAAGGCAAAAAAUCUUGACUUUUUUAAAUACAAAAUUAUUUUUCAUAAAUUUAAAAAUGAAAAUCUACUAAAUCAUCUACUAUAUAAAAUUUGUGAAAGUCCGGGUUCCGCUUCAUAUCUUAUAUUAAUGCAAAUAUUGGGCCAUUAUAAUAUUUUAAACGUGAAUGAAAUUAUUUUUCUUACGCAAAAUCUAAAUGAUGAUAAACGAUUCCGAAUAAUUAUUUUUCUGGAAAAUUUUUUUACUAAAGAAAAACUUUCUAAGAUUCAUUUUAUGAUGACGGCGGAGAGUGAAGAAGUUAAUAAUUUGUUAUACACUCUUAUUUAUAAAGAAGCUGAGGAAUAUUUUAGUAUUUAUGAAAAGGAUGAUAUUUUUAAUAUUGAAUUUUUUAAUGAUAUACAAAAGUUUUCUGAUUUAUAUUUAUGUCUGAAUAAAAUAACGUUAUAUGAUUUUUAUAGCAUCUUAAUUGGCAAUUCAUUAUCUAUAUUUGCGUCAGGGUCAAAAACAUUGCCACAAUUAUUUGAAAGUAUAGCAUUACUAACCAAUGUAGACGUUAGAUACAGCAUAGGAGGAAGGCGUGUUUAUUUUAAUAAAAUAGAAGCUGAGAAAAUGUUUCAAAUAUUAAAUAUUGACGAUCCCGAGAAUUUAGAAAAUUACGUUGAAAGUUUAAUUAAAUGA